AUGGGCGCCGAAACUCCCAAGUCCCCACCCCCUAGCGAGCUUGCUCAAAAGACCCAGGACGCACAGGACGACGAGCAGAUAGAGCGAACCCUGAGUCAGCUCCAAAAUGGCGGCGACCUAGGUAUUACUCUUGACGACACGCCAUUCGACCAAUCUGGUAAAGCAGACGACGCCCAAGACUUUGAAGAUAUCAGCGACGAUGAUCUCCCGGAUGAAGAGGAAGGCAACGUCGCUACUUCCUUGUCCGUUCCAGGCCUCACCGACGACGGAGGUACGAGUAACGACACCGACGACUUGUUUGGCGAUGGCCCUUCCUCCCCAAUCGAGGCGCCUGGUCCGCCAUCGCCGGCCCCUCACGUUCACGAUCUCGAUGAUGCCGAUGCGUCCCAAUACCGAGACAUCAACUUCGACCCUGAGCCUGGAUACGAGGCCGCCAACCAGGAUCCUGAGAUCCCUGCGCCCGCAGAGACUGCCGAAGACCUGGUCAAGCAAGCCUGGCCGACUUGGCAGAAGGGUGUCAUACUGAAAUGGAACGAACUCCUGCCUCCCAAGAAGGCUCGGUGGAUCGAGAAGAAGCCUUCCAAGAAGCCCAAGCUCCUCAUGUUCUCCAAACUCACACUGGAUCUCGCUGCCGAUCAAGAAAAGCUUUUUCGCAUUCCUGGACCCGCAACCGUGACCCGGAAGCAGCGACGGAUUGACGACGACUCCAAAGGGCUCGUGGCAUGCGCGCUGCAGGAAUCCUCGGAUGAGGCUGAAGCAGAAGAAUUCAACCUCGAGCAAGACUCUGACUCGGAGGCUGUUGCGGGAUUCACACUCCAGGACAUCGAGAUGGUGUGCGAUGACUGGUCCAUUCGCAUCGAGCAGGCCGAGCAAGAUUUUAGUGACCAGAAGGCAAAAGAAGCAGCGGCCGAGGCGGCAACAGCUGCAUCCAUCAAGCGCGCCCACGACGAUGCUUUCGACUUUGACUGGGAGGCUGAGUUUCUUGAGGAUGAAGAAGCAAAACCGCCACCACGAAAGAAGACGCGUCCUCCACCGCCAAAGGGUCUGCCCGAGAUUCCGCGGUUCACCGCACCCUCCUUCGACUCCUUCGAGGACGUGACCAAACGUGCAUCCAAGCGCGUCAUUCUCGACCUGAACGACCCUUACCUAAUCUUGGAAGAAGCCGAAUCACAGCGUGGCCCCAAGCGUCAGCGCGUUGAGCAUAAGAUGACGCGCAUGGCUAACGGUCACAUGAGACCUGACUUGUCCUCUCGCUUUAAUAUGUCCAACGACGAUGCGUACGAGGCGCUGAAAGAGAAUCACCAGCACAAGGUCAGAGCGACUCUGGGCAACCUUGCCGUUGAGCACAGUAUGCCGGCUCUCAAACUUGCAUGGCCCUUCUACAAGGUCAAGCUGGACAUUCGCAGAGACGGAUUCCAUCGACCUCAGUUCAAGUUCGGAAAGCACGAACGGCAGACCAUCAGAUUCAGCAAGCUGGGUUUCCACAAGCGUAAAACGAUGAAGGGUAAAGCACACGAAGUCUUCAAAACAACAAAAGAUUUGGGCAUCACGGACAACUCUACAGCCGUACUCUUCGAGUACUGCGAGAGGACACCUCCGGUUCUCUCCAACUUUGGCAUGGGAAACCGUGUCAUCAACUACUACCGCAAAAAGAAGGUGGACGAUGAGGAGACGCCACCAAAGAUGGACAUCGGCGAAUCACACGUUCUGUUGCCUGAGGACAGAUCACCGUUCGCCAUCUUCGGCGAGGUCGAAGUCGGCCAAACGAUGCCUACUUUGCACAACCAAAUGUACCGGGCACCCAUCUUUAAACAUAAGCCACGGUCUACCGACUUCCUAUGCAUCCGGAGCUCAACGGGCGUCAACGGAUCAAACUGGUAUCUGCAUAAGAUUGAUCAUCUUUACGUGGUUGGCCAAACAUUUCCUUCUGUCGAGGUUCCAGGUCCUCACUCCAGAAAGGUUACCAAUGCCUCCAAGAACAGGAUCAAGAUGAUCUCGUACCGCAUGAUGAGGAGGAAUGAGCAUAACCUGGUCAACUUAUCGGAGGUUACGAAGCACAUUGCCGAAAGCACAGAUGCCCAAAACAGACAAAAACUGAAGGAGUUCCUCGUCUACGCCAAGGUUGAGAAAGGCCUUUGGGGGCUGAGACCGAAUGAACAGCUGAUGGACGAAAAUUCUAUUCGUGCCAUGAUCAAGCCUGAAGACGUCUGCUUGAUCGACGGCAUGCAGCUAGGAAUGCAAAUGCUCGAAGAUGCUGGGUUUGACCCCAACAACGUCAAUCUUGACGAGGAGAACGAAGAGCCUGCCGAGGAAGAUGACGAUGAACGCACCGGCGCAGGCACCGCCAAAGGCAGCAAAAAGGCUGCCGAGAAGAACGAAGAGAAACUGGCUGACAAGAUGGCGCCGUGGAAGACCAGCAAAGCCUUCAUUGAUGCAUGCGCUGGCAAGGCCAUGCUCAAGCUCCAUGGGCAGGGAGAUCCGACUGGCCACGGCCUUGGUUUCAGUUUCAUACGGACCUCAAUGAAGGGUGGCUACAUCGAGACUGUUCAGAAGGGUGGCUCUCAUACCACUGCCGCUGAUGCUAUGGCGGCGCAUCCGGACACACAGCGUAUGAAGAACGGGCACGCUUACAACGUCAAGGAGCAAGAACAAAUGUACAGAAAGGGCAUUCGCGAAAUCUGGGAAAAGCAGAAGUCUAGCCUGGAGGACAGCACAGAGAAGGAUGACGACCUAGUCGUCCCUCCGCCGCCAGAUGAAGACGACCGAUUCAACCCGCAGAGAGCCCAGACCCCCGCGCACGCCGACGAAGGAAUGAGCCAAAUCACUGGCCUGACAACAUCCACCAGUCGGAACCAACGAAAGAAGCUGAAGAUCACCCGAGAAGUUCUCAAUGAGCAGGGCGCUGUCGAGCAAAAGGUCAUUGUCAUCGAAGACCCUGUCAUUAUAGACCGAUACAUCAAGAGAAAGAAGGAGUUGGAGUUGGAGGAUUUCAAUAUCUACGAAGGACGACCCACCGGAGUCGCUGACGACGACCGACGCCGCCUGGUUGAAAUUGAUAAGGAGCUCGAACGGCUCAACAGAAACAAGCAACGCCGCAUCGGACGAGAGCAACAGAAAGGGCUCCACCGAUCGAAGAGCGGAACCGACGCCGGUUCCCCCGAGGCAGACCGGGCUGCCACUGGCACUACCCGCAAGUGUGCCAAUUGUGGACAGGUCGGACACAUCAAGACCAACAAAAAACGUGGGGGAAACCUUCGUUUUGUUCUGCAGCGCAAGUUCCUGCUCCAGCGGCGUCGGAGGGUGCUAGUUCACCCCAAGGUAACCCCGUACCCUUCACUGCAAAGACGCGACGAGCUGCAAAAGCCAAAGAGCCGCGAACCCGCAAGCUCAAGGGGCAAGCAGCUGGUGGUCAAACAGCCAGCGGCAUCCAAGGGAGAGCCCAGAGAGCCUCCAAAACCCAAGCCCAAAAAGUACAAGUACAAUAAGUACACUCAGAAGCUGUACUGGCACAGCAGCACUGUCAACAACAGCAGGGUCACAUAA